CACUUUUUGCAGUACACAUAACUCUCGGAUAAAAUCCGAGGUUUCCGUAUUUAUUAUUAUUAUUUUUGAGAUUUAAUAUUUUUUUUCCUUCUUCAUAAAAUUGAAAAGGUAACCAUGAAGAUGUACUGGUUGCAGCUCAAUAUGGUUUUCAAGAUGAAGUUAAUCGAAAAUAUCGAACACAUAAAACAUCGUUGAUUGAUCUGUUUAAAGAUAUAUUUAGUUGGUUACCAUUAUAUUCAUCUGUUCAUACAGGAAAAUCUAAAAUUAUUAUAAUGCAUGGAGGAAUAUCUGAUCUUAUUAAGCUAGAAGAAAUCAAGUCUCUUCAAAGAAAUCGCUAUGUUACAAUGGAAAUACCACCAGAAUCUAAAAGUGGUGGUAAAGAAUUAACAAGUGAUGAAGAGGAUGAAUAUUUUCAAAUGCAAGAUUUACUUUGGAGUGAUCCUGAUCCUUAUAAUCGUGAGGGUUGUCGAAAUAAUGAUCAAAGAAAUAUAGGUGCUUUUUGGGGUUCAAAUAUAACAGAAGAAUUUCUUAAUCAAUAUAAUUAUUCAAUGAUUAUACGUUCACAUCAAGUCAAACAAAAGGGUUAUGAAUAUACACAUGAUGAAAAAGUUUUAACUGUUUUUAGUGCAUCAAAUUAUUGUGGUGGAUUCAAUUGGGGUGCGAUUGUACGAUGGGAUUAUAACGAAGAAGAACCAUGGUUAAUUUCAUAUAAAAUUGGAUCCGUUGAAAUGAAAAACUUGAGUUUUAAUAAACAAGUAACAUUAUUUGAAGAUCCAGCUUAUCACUCAUUAAUGGAAAAAAUUAUCACAAAUAAAAGUUCACUUCAAAAAGAAUUUGAAAAAAGAGAUAGAUAUCGAACUAAUCAUUUACCUUUGAAAAUUUGGUUUGAAAUUAUGACGAAUGUACUUCGAAUUAAUUUACCUUGGCUUACAUUACGUUCAAAACUUGUACAAGAAGAUAAACAAGGAAUUCUUUAUAAUACUAUGUUCGAUGAAUAUAGUUUAGAUAAUACGAAAUUUCAAAUAUCUAAUCCGGGUAUUAUGGAAGAUUUAUAUAUGUGGAAAGAUUUACUUAUGCGAUUAUUUAAUUUAAUAGAUCAGGAUCAUUCAGGUUUUAUAACUCGUGAUGAAUUUGCUGAUAUUCUCAAACUUUUACUUUGUGAUGAAGAUAAUAGUGAUGGUAUAAAUGAAACAUAUAUUGAAGAACUCAGUUCUGCUAUGGAUUUAGAUAAAAAUGGAAGAAUUGAUAUUAAUGAAUUUCUUGAAAGUUUUCGUAUUGUUAAUGUGAAGAAUUCUGGAAAAUCGAAUUAUCAAUCUGGAUCAUCAAAGAAAAAAGUUCAAAAUACGAACUUUUAA